ACUUGGCGAAGUGCUGCUGCACUUUUCAAUUUUCAGUACAGAACCUGAAAGAUAAUUCUGAAAUCUUGAACAUGUUUUUCUGAAUUCCUCAGAGCAGUCAGCAGGAAUAGGUGCACUGUGUGUACUGGGUCUGUGGUAGCUCUCAUGUAGGCUAUUCAGAUAAAGCUUCAGUUGGAUUUUGUUCCCAGUUUUUACCCUACAGUACUGCAAUGAUAGCGUCACAGGCACACAAGUGGACGAGAUGUUUGACCUUCUAAGACCUGUGAGUCACAUUCAAAUAAGAAUGGAGCCCUGUUAUUGAUCAGAAUGGGAAACACUGACAGCCAGUACAGCAGCUUUAACGUCCCUGGGAAAUCCAAAUCCUGCUCUCUAAAGUUCUACUCCGCUAAAGAGGAGGCCCUGUCCCCCCAUAGCUGGUGGAGGGACAGCGAGGGGAGCGGCCAGGGAUACAGAACCAGAGGCAAAGGGGGGAGGGUCUGCCUGCCCCAGCACAAGAUCACUCACAACCAGCCUUAUGGCUCUUCGAAACACUAUGAGCACCACAUCACUAAGGAGGGCAGGGAACUGGGGGGGCCCCCGGGAGCCAAGCUGAAGCCCAUCUCUCCACAGAGGUGUGGCAGAGGGGACAGUUCCCAAGUGACCAGGAAAAACGUCUGUCAUACAGGUUACAGUUACCUGGAGAGUAGUGGGGAGAGUGUUAACGGUCUCGAGGCUAAUGGACAGCGUACCCCCGAGAGGACUUCUCCUUGUGAGCACAGGGUUCCCCUAGAGAGCCGCAGCAGCCCCAAGGUGCUUCUCCGUAAGGAUGGCAGCAUGCGUGUUGAGUUCACCAACACCAUGCGGAUGUCGCUGGAGCCCCAGGAUCUGUCAGGCCACAGCCACCCUGUGGUAGCCACCCCCGAGCCCUCUCUGACUAGGACCAGCAAGGGAAGCUCCCUGAGCUCCGAGGGCUCCUGGUACGACUCUCCCUGGGGGAACCCCACGGAGCUCAAUGACAAUGUGUUCACCUGUAGUCAGACCGUAGCGGGGGACAACAGCAGCGGCUACACCACCUACUCCUCCACUCGCACCGAGGAGACGGGCUGCGGCUUCAACACCUUCUCAUCCGCCCACACUGAGAACAUCUCCCCGGGGUUCAACCCCAGCCUCCUCUUCCAGACUGUGGAUGGUAACGGUCAAUAUACAAGCCGAGGGUUUAACAGCAACGGGUAUAACACUUGCUCUUCGGGCCGCACUGAGGACAGUGGCAUCGGGGACUCCAUGAUCCUUCAUCCGGAGAAGAGUCCGUUUAGCCUCAUGUCCCCUCCUGUGUCCCUGUCGGACCUCUACUCUAACCCCAGCGUGGCGGCUGUGUUCCCCACUGCUCAGUUCCAGGACGUCCCCCAACAACGGGGGUCGCUCACUUCGUUACUGACCCUGGACGCGGUCAUCCAGGAGGAGAGCUCGGGGCUGUACGACCAGCACUACUCCUCUCACAGUCGCACGCUGCCAUGCAGGAGGGUUACUGCCACGGUGGCCACCGAGCCCUCCGCCAUCGUGGUCGGUAACAGCAGAAGGGACAACCUGAAGAGCCGCAUCAGGCGCCUCGGCGACUGGACGGGAAGUCUGAGCAGGAAGAAAAGAAGACUACAGGAGCCUUACGGUAGUGAGACCAGUGAGGGCUUUAGCAGUGGAGUGGACCCUGGGUUAGGUAACUCUAGCUCCCAGUUAACUGGUCCACUGUGGAAUCCCCUCCACACCCAGGCCUACACCCACACCCAGGGCCAACAGUGCCACAGUGACGCUCUGCGCCAGAACAUCUACGAGAACUUCAUGCAGGAGCUGGAGACAGGACGCAACAGUGGGCCGGAGAGGACUGAGCCCUCGGAGGAGGGAGAGGAGGAGGAGAUGGGAGGAGGGGGGGGAAUAGGAGAGGGAGAGCAGGGGGAGAGCAGUGGCAGUGGCUCCCUGGGUUCCCUGGAGCAGCUGGACCUGCUGUUUGAGAAGGAGCAGGGGGUGGUGCGCAGAGCCGGCUGGCUCUACUUCAAACCCAUCCUCACCCUGCACAAGGAUAGGAAACUGGAGCUGGUGGCCCGUAGGAAGUGGAGGCAGUUCUGGGUCACACUUAAAGGGUGUACCCUCCUGUUCUAUGAGACCUAUGGGAAAAGCAGCUGUCCCGAGCAGGAGCUGUCCCCGCGCUACGCCCUGCUGGCCGAGGACAGCAUUGUCCAGGCCGUCCCCGAACACCCCAAGAAGGAGAACGUCUUCUGUCUGAGCAACGCCUACGGAGAUGUCUAUCUGUUCCAGGCUGCCAAUCAAACAGACCUGGAGAACUGGGUGACGGCCAUCCACUCUGCCAGCGCCUCUCUGCUGGCUAAGAGACAGGGGAAGGAGGACACGGUGCGGUUACUGAGGAGCCAGACACGCGUCCUGCUGCAGAAGGUAGACAUGGACAGCAAGAUGAAGAAGAUGGCUGAGCUGCAGCUGUCUGUCAUCAGUGACCAAAGGAACAGGAAGGCCAUCGAGAGCCAGAUCCAGCAGUGGGAGCAGAACCUGGAGAAGUUCCACAUGGAUCUGUUCCGGAUGCGCUGCUACCUGGCCAGCCUGCAGGGCGGUGAGCUCCCUAACCCCAAGAGUCUCCUGGCCGUGGCAGGACGACCCUCUAAGACCGCUCUGGGACGCCUGGGGAUCUUCUCUGUCUCCUCCUUUCAUGCCCUGAUCUGCACCCGUGACGAGGCGACCCUGCGGAGACGUUGCCGAUCUUUUUCCAGAGGGGCUCGGAGUAAGAGAGGCCUCUUCUCCUCCCUCAAGGGCCUGGACAGCUUGACCAAACGCAGCAAGGAGAAGAGGGAGUCCGUGUCCCAGGUUUUUGAAGGACAAAGUAUUGGAGUGCCUGCUGGGCAUAUCACCAACCACUGCAGCUCAGAGAGAUUGGACACUCUUGCCAAAAUGCAGUUGAUAGCACCACCUGAAGGCAACCCUUGGUACAGCAGUUUGGAAACUCCCGUUUGUGUGAAUAUGCCUGACAGACAAAGCAUUACUCUGCACAUCAAACCCGAUUUCCUCGUAUCGGACUUGCUAUCUUUGGCCUGUAAGGAGCGGCACCUGGACCCGAGCCAGCACUGCCUGCGUGUGAGGAGGCUGGUGGGUCAGGACACGGAGACCUUCUCCCCAGCGCCCACAGACACACUACGAGACCUGGUGUAUGAAGAGCUUGAGGUCUUCCCACUCAAUGUUUUCACCAUACAACUGUCCCGCCCUGACACAGAAGUAGACUUUGGCUUUGCUGUGACAGGCCAUGUAGACGGAGCCAGGAAGAGCCAUGUCUACUUGAGUGAGGUCAACCCAGGGGGACUGGCUUUCACUGAAGGUCUGAGAGCGGGGGAUGAGAUCUUGGUUGUGAAUGGGACCAGUGUGUCCCAUCUGGACCUGGGGCUGAUACACCUGAUGUUCAACCACCAGAUCCUCCACCUACUGCUCAGACGAGAGGAGCAAGUCCCUGGCGACCACACCUCCGUCUGGCCAGACUGUGACCCCUGGCAGCCAGGACCACCACCACCACCCAGCCACGGUGUCUGGCCUAUAGAUAUGCCACCACCCCAGGAGCUUCCAGAGAGCUCCGUAGCUCCUCCCUUUGGGGAGGUGUCACAACAACCACGACCUGCUGAUGAGAUGGAGCAGCUCGGCCAGAAUGUGGAGACGGUGUGCUCGCUGUACCAGACCUUCCCAGAGGGCCGUGGGGCGGUGGUGGUCGAGGGCCAGAGAAACCCCUAUUCCAUGGAGCCCCUCGGGCCACAGGUCCAGAAGCCCCCCUGCCCCAGACACAUGUCUAUCUCUGAGAGGCUCUGUAAGGUCAUACAGGAACUGGUAGACACAGAGAAGUCCUACGUCAAGGACCUGGGCUGUCUGUUUGACAUUUACCUGACCCCUCUACAGAGCGAGACCUUCCUCAGCCAUGACGAGAUGGAGUCUCUGUUUGGCAGUCUGCCUGAGAUGCUGGACUUCCAGAGAGUGUUCCUACACACCCUGGAGGAGCGCAUCGCCUCCUCUCCCAACUUCAGCUCUCUGGAGACCCCGGAACAGUUCAAGAAACUUCUUUUCUCGCUGGGCGGCUCCUUCCUCUACUAUGCCGACCACUUCAAGCUCUACAGCGGCUUCUGUGCCAACCACAUCAAAGUCCAGAAGGUUCUGGAACGAGCAAAGACGGACCGGGCUUUCAAGGAGUUCCUGGAAGCAAGGAACCCCACCAAGCAGCACUCUUCCACCCUGGAGUCGUACCUCAUUAAGCCAGUCCAGAGGGUGCUCAAGUACCCCCUGCUGCUCCGAGAGCUGGUCUCCCUCACUGACCCCGAAAGCGAGGAGCACAGCCACCUCACAGAGGCCCUGAGAGCCAUGGAGAAGGUGGCCAGCCACAUCAACGAGAUGCAGAAGAUCUACGAGGACUACGGCACUGUUUUUGACCAACUGGUGGCAGAGCAGAGUGGCCCUGAGAAAGAGGUGACAGAGAUCUCCAUGGGGGAGUUCCUCAUCCACUCCUCUUUAAAGUGGCUCAACCCUCUCCCCUCCCUGUGUCGCAUGAGGAAAGACCCUGAACUGACAGUGUUCGUUUUCAAGAGAGCAGUGAUCCUGGUGUACCGUGAGAGCAGCAAGAUGAGGAAGAGGAUGACCACGUCACGCUCUGACCUGGACCCCUUCAAGUUCCGCUGGCUCAUCCCCGUGUCGGCAGUGCAGGUCCGCCCGGGGAACACAGCAGGAGCAGAAAACCCUUGUGUCUGGGAGCUGGUCCACACCAAGUCUCAGGUGGAGGGGAGACCAGAGACUGUAUUCCAGCUCUGCAGCAGUGGUUUGGAGAAUAAGGCCAGUGUGGUGAAAGCGCUUCGCUCCCUUCGAGACUGCACCCGGAGGCCUCUCCUACCAGAGAGGGGUUCUAGAGAGCACCUAGGCUCCCUCCGCAGGACCCAGCCUGCACCUGUCAGAGACGGCUCAAGGAGGAGAAGACAACAGUGCCAAUCAGAGGCCGGGAAGACUGCAGGCCACCAGCACCACUCAGACGACAGCAGUGUGUCCAGCGGUGGCCCCUACCCUGGUCCAGAAGAAACCCACAUGGAGCCCCAGCUCCCCAGCCGCUCCUCCACGGGCCUCCCCAGCCUGGAAGGCACCACACUGGGCAAGAGGGCCUGGCUGUGCUCCCUGACCAGCACCCUGGAAGCCCAGCUCCAGAGACUCAACAUCACAGAAGAGGCCGGGCCGAGGAGCACGGAGACCCAGCAGGAGCACCUCAUACAGGGGGUCCCACAGCCCCACCCUGCUGUUCAGAAGAGGGUGAGCAGUCUGCAGGGGGGCCAGAGGACGCAGAAUAAUGAUUCCCAGGGUGUGGACUUCAACGCCCUACUAGGGAGGGACUUCAGUGUGCAGAGCCUGAACUCUGUGGUCAACGAGGACUGCUUCUACGAUACGGUCAUGGGAAUUCAGAAGGCUGCCAUUCCAACGCUAUAGUGGCCUAGGGGAAACUUCACCCCAGAGAGCUGAUGAACACCUGCCUAGGAUCGUAUCACACUGACUACAUUAGAGCCUGGCCAAGUUGCUAUGGACGAGAGGAUGAAUCUCUUUAAUGUGCUUACUCUGACUCUGCUGAGUUGGCUUUGACUGAAGAACUGAGCUCUGAUCAGUUACUUGACUUGACUCUGACUCUGCUGAGUAGGCUUUGACUGAAGAACUGAGCUCUGAUCAGUGACUUGACUUGACCUUUUAGCUCCUAGAAGAGCGAAGGCCUGAAGGUCCCACAGUUCCACACCGUCACAGUACAUAUGUAAAUGGUUGCCCGUGGGACUCUCCGGUCUGUCCCGAUGUUUUUCCGCACUCUAUAAGCUAUAAACACAGUUGCCUACAUUCAAUAGCGUUUCUUUCACCUUUUUCUUUCUUCUCUCGAAUUCAUCUGGUUUGUAAAUAUAAUGCAGUAUCUCAAUCGCGAGUAGCUUUCUAUUUUCAUGGCUUUUUUGACAAAAGCAGUUGUUAGUUCAAGACUGGAAUUGCUUGAUAAAAAAACAUCUGAUAUGUAUUUUAUUUGAACCUGUUCCUAUUUAUAUGUAUCUCUAUAUUAUUUUGUUCGUGUCUUAUUAAUAUCCACAGAAAAACUAAGAUUAAGUGUCACAUUUCUAUUUCAUUUAUCUUAUUAAGGUAAAGCAAAAGUCCCUUUUCAAGCUCUUUCAUAUUUGAAGUGAUUUGAUGUAUCAACUUGAGGAAUUCAAGACCCUGGGACUACACGGUUCUCUCUGCACACAGCUCAGUUCUGAGAUAAUUGAACGUCAACAUUUUCCUAUCCCAGAUCUCAGAACUGUUGUGUAGCGAAUUCUUCUUUCAUAUUUUUAUAUAUAUAUAUACGCUAGUCUAUCACCUUGCGUACAAUCAUUUUUGAUUGACAACCCAGCAUUGUGUGAUUGGAUCGCAGAUAGAACCUUAUAGCACCGAGUUAAAAGGUGUUUGCGCAGAUAGUGCUUUCUGAUAGAGUUGUUUUUUGUUUGUUUUUUCAGCGUAAAAUGACUUUAAACAAAAUCGGGACAUAUCUCACAUGUAAAGGACCACCUAAAGAGCAACUCCGUGUGAAUAACACAUUGUUUGACCAAAAUGUCAGGUGGGACUAUAAGGUUCAAAGGUCACAAAUUGUUGAAAUGUUUGUUAUCAUUAUUCCAAUUUAGCUGAAUUGUAAUUUAUUCUCUAAUAAUGAAUAUUAUUUUCAUAUACAUGACAUUGUACAGGUAAAGUUAAAUGAUGUAAUAUUUAAUAAAAAAAUACAUUU